AUGUUGCCUUGCGUGCGCGCGCCCAUGUCGCGCGCCUUUAGCACGACGCGCGCAUGUGCAAAGCAUAUACCGCUACAAUCUGCUGUACUCAUGUCUCGUGCGCCUGUUGUGUUGCAAGAGCCAAGUGCAUUAGAGCGCGAAUAUUAUCGUUUUAAUACUGAGCUAUCACACCGGAUUCAGCAACCGUUUCCGCGCGACCACUAUUUCAAGAAGGGAUCAGCAGCUGAGUCUCGAUUCGAAGACUACUAUGCCAAACUGCAAAAGUCGUGGGACGGUGAUGAACUUUUGAAAAGUGGCGCAAAUGCGUCGUCCACGUCGGAAGCGAGUGGCUCCGACUCGGACAUGUUCACGACCAUGCCGCGUACCACGGAAGCGGAUGCACAGCAUGACACCAGGAGCCUGGAGCGUGCGUUGGACCGCACCUUGUAUUUGUUGGUGCGGAACACGAAAGCGGAUACCAAGGAGCUACCGUGGCACCUGCCCACGAAGAACGUGCCACACCCGAUCACUUCCACUGUAUCGCUACACAGUGUGGGCAUGGAGGCCGUGCGUGAUGCACUUGGAUCGAUGAUGGAUACCUGGCUUGUGAGCAAGCUGCCGAUCGCCGUGAUCCCACACGGCGUACAUGACGCGAAGACGUACGUGGUCAAAGCGCAUAUCUUGGCCGGAGAGCCUGUGCCUGUCGAGGGUGUCGAUUAUGCAUGGCUGACACGCGAAGAAAUCGCGCAGCGGCUAUCGGAAGACGGCAGCGCCAAUGCAAAAACAUACCGUGAGAUUGUUCUAGACCUGCUCGAUGCCUAA